AAAAAAAAAAAAGAGGAGAAACAUAGGUGCGUGUGUCUCCCGAAUCGGUGGUGCUAAGCGACAUGGAGGCUACGAUUUAGCUCCGUCGUCGAAGCACCACCGUACACGGAGCCAUCUACGCGAUGAAGAAGCCUUCAACAUCACAUUCAGCGGGAAGCUUAGCAGUUUGAGCGGUAACCUCGGAAACCAUGGAGGUAGCACGAGAAUGAAAGGUCUUUUCAAGAACAAACCUCGUCUCCCUGGUGAGAUCGUUCGUCAGACUCGUGAUCUCAUCGCUUUAGCCGAAUCCGAAGAAGAAGUAAUCGAUUCGAGAUACUCGAAAAGGUUAGGGAUUUGUGCGGAACUGUGUCGCAACAUUAGAGAUUUGAAAUCGAUUCUUUAUGGUAAUAGUGAAGCUGAGCCUGUUCCUGAAGCUUGUCUUAUGUUAACUCAAGAGUUUUUCCGAGAAGAUACGCUUCGUCCUUUGAUCAAAUCUAUUCCGAAGCUUGAUCUUGAAGCGAGGAAAGACGCGACUCAGAUCGUUGCGAAUCUGCAGAAACAACAAGUCGAAUCUCGGCUCGUUGCUUCUGAAUAUCUUGAAUCGAAUUUAGACGUUAUUGAUUCGUUAGUCGAAGGAAUCGAUCACGAUCACGAGUUGGCGUUGCAUUACACGGGAAUGCUUAAAGAAUGUGUGCGGCAUCAGGUUGUUGCCAAGUACAUUCUCGAAUCGAAGAAUUUGGAGAAGUUUUUCGAUUAUGUUCAGCUUCCUUAUUUCGAUGUAGCUACCGAUGCUAGCAAGAUCUUUAGGGAGCUUUUGACAAGGCAUAAGUCAACUGUAGCUGAGUAUCUUGCCAAGAACUACGAAUGGUUUUUCGCGGAGUACAACUCGAGGUUGUUGGAGAAAGGAAGCUACUUUACGAAGAGGCAAGCGUCAAAACUGCUUGGAGAUGUGUUGAUGGAUCGUUCGAAUUCAGGUGUGAUGAUUAAGUAUGUGAGCAGUUUGGAUAAUUUGAGAAUCAUGAUGAAUCUCUUAAGAGAACCAACCAAGAACAUUCAGCUAGAAGCAUUUCAUAUCUUCAAGCUGUUUGUGGCGAACGAGAAGAAACCAGAGGACAUUGUGGCGAUUCUCGUGGCAAACCGAAACAAGAUUCUUCGUUUGUUUGCUGAUUUGAAAGCUGAGAAAGAAGAUAUAGGCUUUGAAACUGACAAAUCAUUGGUUAUGAAUGAGAUUGCUACACUUUCUCUUCUCGAUAUCAAAACCGCAGAUCGAUAAAAAACCCGUUUGUAAA